AGUCGGCUGUGGUUUACAGCUUUUGUCGUCAACAACAAGCUAGGCGUGCAACAGAACGUGUGGCUUUUCGUGGAAGAAAACAAAGCCUGAGAAGCGAAGCGAAGAAGUGUGUGCAUUCGCCUGGUGCUGGUUUCAUCUUCAUCCCUUGCUGCUUGUGGAAUAAUUGAGUCUUGACAGAACUAUGUUGGGUUCUGCUAGGCGAUGUUUGCUGCCCAAGCAACGUACGUUUCUAGGCGUUGGACAUUUUCGCGGCCUGUGGCAAUCGCAGAGGUGUAGCCAUGGAGCAUCCAGUCAUGAAGGAAACCAUCUCUUUAACGCACAAGCAGCUCCAACUUACAAGGAUGCAUACGAGCGAUCAAUCCUUGAUCCGGAACAGUUUUGGGCCGAAGAAGCUGAAAAAAUUAGUUGGAUGAAGCCCUGGAGUCGGGUGUUAGAUCACACCAAUCCACCCUUCACCAAAUGGUUUGUUGGCGGCGAGACUAAUGCCUGUUACAACGCGGUCGAUCGCCAUGUCGCCGAUGGACACGGACAACGGGCUGCCCUCAUUCACGACAGUCCAGUCACGUCCACUCAACGAUCCAUCACUUAUGCCGAGCUGCAGCAGCAGGUUUCCAAGUUAGCGGCCGCGCUAUCCUCUUACGGCGUGAAAAAGGGCGACAAUGUGCUAAUCUACAUGCCGAUGAUUCCUGAAGCGGUCGUGGCCAUGCUCGCCGUUGUUCGACUAGGCGCCGUCCACUCGCUGGUCUUUGGCGGUUUUGCCGCCCGUGAAUUGUCCGUCCGCAUCAGACAUGCCGAACCGAAAGUAAUCAUCAGUGCCUCUUGCGGCGUGGAACCGACACGCUUGAUUCGGUACAAGCCUCUACUGGAUCAAGCCAUCACCAUGUCGGGCAUUGAACCGAAGCGUUGCAUCAUCUAUCAACGGCCUGGCUUGCCGGAAGUAGCGACGAUGAAACCGGAUCGUGACGUGUCGUGGGACGAAGCGAUGGAUAGUGAUCGGUCACACGAUUGCGUUCCCGUAGAGGCCAACCAAGCGAUGUACAUCUUGUAUACUUCGGGAACUACGGGUGAUCCAAAAGGUAUUCAGCGACCGACCGGUGGUCAUCUAGUUGCUCUAUCUUGGGUUAUGAAGAACAUUUACGCCAUGAAAAGUGGGGAGAAAUGGUGGGCGGCGUCCGAUCUCGGCUGGGUAGUUGGGCAUUCUUUUAUCUGUUACGGCCCUCUUUUGGCCGGCUUAACGACCGUAGUGUACGAGGGUAAACCUGUUGGAACUCCUGACGCUGGUCAAUUUUUCCGUGUUAUUCAAGAUCACGGUGUUCAAGGAUUCUCUACUGCACCGACGGCGCUACGUGCCAUCCGUCGAGAGGACCCGGAGCUGGAAUUGGGUCGCAAAUACGACACUUCCUCAUUGCGAUUUGUUUUUUUGGCGGGUGAGCAUUGUGACUACGAAACACGAUACUGGGCAGAAAAUAAGAUCAAAGUUCCAGUGUUGGACCACUGGUGGCAAACAGAAACAGGUCAUCCGAUCACAUCCACCUGUGUAGGAUUGGGACAUUCUCUAAGUCCGCCACGUGACGCCAGUGGAGUCCCAGUGCCCGGCUACAAUGUGAAGGUUCUAAACGCAGACAAGGUGGAAGCAGAGCGAGGGACACUCGGUCGAAUCGUCAUCAAAUUACCUCUUCCCCCUGGAACAAUGAGCACGCUUUAUCGAGCGGAUGAUCGGUUUUCUUCCAUCUAUUUCAACGACUAUCCGGGCUUCUACGAUAGUAUGGAUGCAGGCAUUAUGGAUGCUGAUGGCCAGCUAUAUGUCAUGUCACGUGACGACGACGUCAUUAAUGUUGCAGGUCACAGAUUAUCUACCUCGGCGCUGGAAGAAGCUCUGCUCGAACAUUCUUGCAUUUCUGAAGCAGCCGUUGUAGGCGUACCGGAUGAAAUGAAAGGAGAACUUCCUUUGGGCUUGUACGUUACAACGAAAGCCAACACCAAACCUGAAGAGGAAAUCAAUAAAGAAGCUGUUCAAUUGGUACGAGAACUGGUCGGUCCCGUUGCGGCAUUCAGGCUUAUCUGCGGAGUCGAAGCUUUGCCUAAAACACGUUCGGGAAAAAUUGCACGAAAAUCCAUUGCCGAUUUAGCACGAGGCAAAUCUGUUGUGAUUCCACCGACCAUCGAAGAUCCCAGCGUUUAUGUUGGCAUUAAAAAAGCGUUACAGCAACUAGGCUAUGCCUUGAACGUCGCUGACCCCGAAUAGACGCCAAUCUACGAGGGCGUACGUGGCGGUUCUAUUUUCAAAUCAAUUCUAGGUUUCAAUCUUUCUCCAUGGUGCAAGAUUUCCCAACUAUAGUGUUCGGAACUAUAUCGUUUUGGCGGUGCAAUGAUGUGAUGUGUGUUCCGUUGUUGUUAUUCGAGAGAAAUUCUGCUGCUGUCUCAAAUGUUCUUCUCGACAACGUGUUAGCAGAUGGCAAACAAUCGAAAUGCAAGGGUGCGUGUUUUCUUUCA